AUGUUCGACUCCAGCUGCUAUGUUGCUAUACUCGUAGCUGCGCUUACUCCUGUUACUAAUACGUGCUUUGCUAGCGGUGUUUGUGGUGGUCCCAUGUUUGGUGGAUUCGGUGGCGGAUGUAUGGGUGCAAUACCUCCAGUACCACCACCGGUAUGUGCUGGAGGUAUGGGAUGUGGUCCGGGCUAUGCAUGCGGUUCAUAUGGCUGCUACCGUACCCGAGCUCGAGUACAUGGAGCUGGCACCAUGCGAGGAGGACCAAUGCUAAUAGGAGCCAGCCGAUUCUCACAAUUUCGACGAGCGGAAGUUCCGAUGCCUAAGGAUCCAAAUGCCCUCUUUAUGUCCUGCUGUGAAGAACGAGGUCUACCAGAUGCAUGCUUGCGUCACUGUACUUUCAACACUUACACUAAAGAUGCUCUGACCCGAAUGUUCUUCAAGCAAGACGCUUGUCCCGUAGAAGCUUCAGCAGAAAUUCAGUUCUGCGCAGCACAGGGACGAGAUCAUCGCGCUUGUUGUCAGCGAAAUGGUGUUUCAACAACUUUGGCAGGAAUGAAGUGCCUAACAUUCUGCGACCAACGGCCUGGAAACGUCACAAUGCUCGACAUGUCCUAUUUGCCAUGCUAUGACCGAUUUGAGAAUAUGAAGGCAUGCUUCUGGCAUGACAGUACUCGUCGACUCAAAUAA